GUGUUGACAAACAAUGCAAAAAUGAUUUAAAAACCUACAAAAAUGUAUGUAUGAACGAUCCUAAACCAGUGUUCAACUCCGCCAAUUCACAAAUCAGCAUAAUGACAUACGACAUCGAAUGCUACAUAGGCAACUUGCCUACAGAAGUGUUGCUGUUUAUUUUCUCGUUACUAAGUGCGCAAGACCUCACGGCAUGCCGCCGAGUGUGCUCAAGGUGGAAGAUGAUAGUCGAUGGGAUGUCCAGAAGCGACCAUUUAUGGCGAUUGCACUGCAGACGGGACUUUAGGAACAUCUAUAAGAUAGCCCGAAUCAAAGCGCGACCUGGUGUCUUAUGGUUUCAUAUUUACCGAUCGUUAUCUCUUUGGUCGAAGCUCCCGCAGGCCAGAGAGCGGCGAGAUGAGUUCGCAGCAGCUUCCGGUAUUAGUGAGGAAAUACAAAAUUUCAAAAUACUUCGGGACGGUACCAUCGGCGUUCACAAAAAAGGAGCCAUAGAGUACUAUGAUAUUGAUACUUUAGAGAAAUCGAAACGCUCAAGUAUUACCGGUGAUUAUUUAAGAUAUACGGAGAACGAUGAUUAUAUUAUCAUACUGAGCUACCAUCUGCACUUGUUUAUUAUCAGGAAAGCGAUUCAAAACCCUAAAUAUGAAACAAAUGUAACAUUUGACAAUGUGAAGUCAUUUAUACUAGCCAAAAACAAGGUAUACUAUGUCACGUUAGAAGACCAGAUAUAUGUAUGUCCGUUAGAGGAUGGUGGUCUUAGGGAGCGGUAUAUAACCAACUCGUCGGACGGAGUCAUGUGUCUAGGUUUCACAGAUAUGCUUCAUGUGUUAACGUUCCAACGUAACAUUUACACUGUAGUUAACGAUAAUGACCUCCAUUUCACCUGUAGUAUUGAUUCGGACUCGAACCUGCUGCACCAGCUAAGGGAAUACAACUUUUUAGAACGCAUGGAUUGGCGAGUCUACAUCCAAUGGAUGUAUGUCCUGAAUCACACUAUACCUGAAGGUCCGUUGCGUGACAUAGUAGUUGUCCGGGUAUAUGGUGAUGUCGCAUUUGUCGGUUCCAACUGGGGUGUGCUACGUAUCUACUAUGCACCGUACACUGGCGAUGCAGAAUUUGAUUUGUUCAACUCGGAGCCGGUGAAACAGUAUAACUUCAUGGAAAGAUACGACUGCCCGGUGUUGUCAAUGUGUCCGAUCAUCCAGAUUGACGUUAUGGAAGGAGAAGCAGGACAUACGGUGAUUGUGGCGAUGCCGAAGAAGAUUGCAGUGCUGGAGUUUACACACAGCUUCAAACGAACCGCCUCGGUGGCUAUGCUGCCAUACAGUGACACACAGAAGGUAAAAGUGUUAAAGAUUGACGAUCAUUAA